GUGGUAUAUAUUGUCAGUAUUUCCUCAAAUUAUCAUAAUGAUAUUCUGGACCCCCCUAAAUAUCAUAUGGUUCGAUCCGUUGCUAUGCUAUCUUGUGUAGACAUUCUCCAGGGUGAUGGAGAAAUGUAGUCGUUCGGCCUGAAAAUACACGACGUACCUCGAUUCAACACGAAAAUUGUGUGAAGCGUGAUAACAAUUACAAUGGCGGGUAUAAGGAGAGUUAACGGGAAAUUAUCGGGAGUCAACCCAACUGUCAGUUGCCAUCGCCUGCGUCAGGUCCAGUCUCUGCUCUUUGAUGGUGGCGCUGCCACUCCUGAUGGCAUCCUCUGCUCUCUUGGAAUUGACAGCAGAUAUAAUGAGGGGUGCACUGAGCUGGCAAAAUACCUGUUCUAUGAACUAUAUGGAAGAAAUCAGCUCAAUAUGGAACAUUUCCUUGAGGAGUUUCCUGAAGAAAUGCUGGAUGAUGUAAUCCUGCUGAUCAAGGCAGAAUGUGUUCAUCUGUACUGCAACCCAAUGAACUACUGUUACCUGUUGCCCUAUGUGUCGCACUGGAGGAACCUGCAUCUCUACUGCAUGACAGAGGCAGAGUAUGAAGAUGAGGAAGCAGCAGAGGAAUUCAAAAUCUCCAGUUUUGUCACAAUGGUGCAGGACUGCUAUCGUAUCGGAGUACCUUUCAGCUCCAUCGGACACAUCCAGAGGUUUGAUAUGUUUAUGGUGGAAAAGUGGCCCCUUAUUCAAGCAUUUGCCCUGGAGGGCAUUGGUGGAGGAAGCUUUUUUACCAUCAAAUACAAGCUAAUGGACAUGAGUGAGAAGUUGUGGCAGGUUUACAACAGACUCGACCCAGUGUCUCUGGAUAAUGUCCUCACAGAGGACUUGGUUAACUUUGAGAAGCAGUGGAGUGGUUUUUUCUCCAGCAUGGACCUGGAGAGCCAUCUCUCCAUCUUGGAGCUAUCUGAAGCACAGGCAGGAGAGGCAUUCCGUACUUAUUACUCUCAUGGACUGAUCUCAAGCAACAUCACAGAUAAAAGUAAAAGUCAGCAGCCCUUUGUGUUGUUUGGGAAGCAUUCCUCCUUAGAGGAUUUGGAGAGUUAUUUGUUCAACUUCCCCUCAGAGAGUCAUCAGGUCCGCAACACAGGGCCUCAAGGAUCUACAGCCAGACACAUGAUCCUGCAGUGUGUGGCUCCCAAAGGACCUCUAGCUUGCUCUCGAACUUAUUUCUUUGGGACCACCCACACUCCAUACCUUGGCAAUCAAAACACUGAGCAAAAGAAAACAGAAGUCUUACUUUUGUCACAGAUUUAUUCAGCUGCAGUUCAGGCAGUCCUUUCAGGAAUCAAAUGCUACUCCUGCACCUCCAGUGCUACCAAGGCUAAGGAUGUAGCAGAGAACACCUUUCUAGUGGCUUUGGACUCACUGAAUUUAAAUCAGUACCGCAGUUCUCUCAGGUCCAAAUGUGAAUUCAGCAUUCAAGCAGUGAAUAAGCAAGGGAGGAUCAUUCCUCUGACUGAUGAAGAAAGCCGUUAUGUAGUGAAAACGGCCUCCAUGACUGUCCAUGACAUUCCAGACUUGCAGUGGGACAGUGGGGACCUGGGCUCCGUGGUCUUCUCUGAAUCCUUCUUGGAGUCCAGCAUCAACAUUCAACAAAAAGAUGGCACUGUGUCCUUAGACAGCUGCUACACCAUCCUGACUACAACUGUGCCUCGCUAUGCCUGCUGGCUGAUGGAAUCUGAUGUCAAGCAAUCUGAGCAAGCCCAGCAGCUUACUAAGAAAGAAGAAGGCACUUGUUUGGGAACUGCUCUGACUGUAGCAGAUGCUGCAUAUGUGUUCUCCAGCAGCCAGCUCUCCACACCUGAAGAAGGAAAAAUCAUUUUCUUCUCUGAGGGACUCCUCUUCAUCCAUUCUCAAUAUGGAAGUAUUACCCUGCCCAAGGAUCACAUCAGCAGCAUCAAGUUCUAUGAUCCGGACUCGAGCGCUGUGGCAUCUCUCUUUGUGGAGUAUGAGAGCAGCCUGCUCCCUCACCUUCCAUUCCCUCUCCACAGCUCUGACCAGUGUCUGGUCUUUGCUCUUCAGCCCAGGUCUAAGAGCCACAGGGCCUUCUAUUCCAAGAUUUUGUCAGUGUGGCAAACCUCUGAAUCUGGACUCACUUUGCAACUGGUGGACCAAGAGCACCUGACCUGGAACCAGAAAAACAUGCACACCAGACUGCAGAAACUGCACGACAGUCAGGAGCCACCAGUGGCCAAACGCAGAGGCAGCCUGAAGACUUCUUACUCCCAGCUGCCAGAGCAGGACAUGUUUCUUCAGCACUUUGCCUUGAGUAGUAUUGGUCAGGAGCCCAUUCUGUAUGACCACCUGGGGGUGCUCUUCUCCUCUGCAGAGCUGAGGAAUCCAGUAAACUGUCAGGGAGACAAGAUUGUCAUUACCAUCAUUACUGGACUGCCGGGAAGCCAUAAGAAUAGACUCUGCAACUUCCUGGUCCAGUUAAACAAGGAACAUGGAAGUUGGGUGGUGUAUAAGCCUGGUUCUGAAAGCUGUGACAGCUUCUCAGCCUCUCACCUGCAGCAGUACUUGUCCAGUUUCCUGGAAAGCCAGAGAAGCCCAGGAGGCAAACCCCGUCUGUUGGUGCUCUCACCUGGAUACACAGAUGUUCUGGAUGUGGUGCAGGCUGUGCUUUUCCACCCUGACCCAGUUGUCCAAGCAUGUUUCACCAUCGGCGCUGUCACUGCCUGUGUGGACCCCCUCACCUCCUGUAUGGAGCACAGGUUUGCUUUUCCUAAGCUGUUGGAGCAGUGCAGCCAAGGUAUUGUGAGUACAGUGGUGUUCACUGGGCUGACAGCAGAGCAGAAGCACCCUCUCAUGCAGCAUGUUCAGCAGUUGGUACGCUCUGCCAACCCCACCGCAGCCUUCAUACUGGCAGAGAGAGGAGCUGUCACCAGGACUGAAGAUGUGAAUCUGAUAUUUUCUGAGAGCAGCUUCAAUGAGCCACAGAUGCUGAGAGCACGUUAUGUCCUCUACCCUGGAUGGUGCAAAGGGCGCUUCAACUCUGGUUCUGGGUCUCUAGUUCUCACCCAGCAGCGCGUGGCUUUCAACCGGCCCCUAGAGAGGCCUCUAUUUGUCACCCGCUGUAAAGCAUUAAAGUCAUCACUAAGGCCAAGCCCCUUCAAAGAAAAUGUCUACAAUGUUUGGGGGAAAGUCAGAUUUUCUGACUCAGACCAACUGAUGGAGGUGAGCUACAACACAGUGAGCGGGAGCCUGAACAUUGUCCCGGACCAGAGCACUGACCUUCUGAACCCGGACUCCAAAAAGACCAACAUGUCCUACUUUCUGAUCUUUGAUGGUGUUAGCCUCACUGAGGAUGGACUGAAGGACUGGCUUAGACUGUGCGCCAAGCAGAGGCAGACAAAGAAGCCUAAGAAGACAAAAAAUACCCUUUUACCACAAGAAAUCAAGCGCAUACACAUCACCAGGCAUUUGGACCCUCUACCACCAGGCUACUUCUACAACGGUUAUCAAUAUGUUGACAUCUUUGGCGAAAAAAGGAACCUCCAUCCCAACAUGGAAGAGUUUAUUAAAGAGUACAUCACAGAGGCCAACAAAGAGAUUGAGCUGUUCAACCGUCAGCUGGAGCUGGAGGGACAGCCUGACCUGUUUGACCCAUGAUAGAAUCUGUCUGUAUGUCUACUCCUUCCAUCUGUCUUUUUUAACUCUAAGGGGACCACUGUGGGAGGGACAGGGCGGGCACAGGGGUUAUGUGCUGAACACACCACUAGAAUGGUCAGUGUGUAUUCACACCACAUGCAUCUGCAGAAACUGUUGCUGCUAUACGUCCACUCAUUAUCUAUGUACUAUGUCACUUUGUUUCCUAACUUGGUGGCAUAAAAAGGUUGAGUGCAGGUGAGCUUUUAAACAGUGACAUCACCCUUCAAAAGCCAGUUAUGUCAUGGCAUGGCUAUUUGCCUUACUUACUACUGCAACACCACUAACUGCACACUUAGCACUUUGGCGAGUUAGGUAUCAUAAUAAUCAACUGAUAGUGGGAAAUUGAUCUGGUCACUGUGUGGUUACUUUAAUUUAGGACAUAUGUAAAGAGAGGGCAGUUGCUCACAAGUGCAGACAAAUCUGAAAUAUAACACAACAUAAGACUCCAUCUUUAAACCAAUGUUAUUACGCCACUAAGCCUGCAAGCUAUUAGACUUUCACAAUUGAAGGGAAUUUCCCAACGCACACUCCUACUGCUUGUGCGUUUCUGUUUAUCACAGUUGGCAAAUUAAUGCCUCUAUUUCUGUAUAGGCAUGGAUAGCCGUGUGAUUCUGGUGGGCUCCCUGGUGGGGUUUCUCAAGAAUCGCUCCUCCUCUGUUGUCACCCAAUCCAUGGCCCACCUGUUAUCUUGUCUGCAUGCCACGCUGCAGCAGAGGGAGCGCUUGGCCAUAGAGCUGUAAACAUUGGACAGCCUGUUGGCUGCAGACAACUGAUGAAUGAUGCCAUUAAUCAAAUAGCUAAACGCCAUCUCAGUGCUUUAUUUUAAGACUCCUAAAGUGAAUCUAAUGAAAGUGCAACAAAGCAGUAAAGUGUUGAAGUUCUAACACAGCUGAGGCUGUCAAACACCUCGAUUCACUGAGGUUACAUGUCCACCAGAAACCUUUCCUUAAAUAUCUAUUGUGUUUAUUAUAAUGCUGCUUGUUAACAGUGAGAAACCAGAUAGACACAGAAAGUUAAGCUCAGCCUCACUGCAGCCAGGUGUGGAUCACUCAUUUCACCAUUUAGGUCAAAAUGUUCAUUUUUUUUUGCAUUUGUCGUAAGUGUGAACAUUCCCGUGUUUUGUUUUUAAUCUUUUGGGCCAAUGCUUUUGGGCAGGACAAGGGGUAAAUGAAAUAAUCUGGGACUACCGUGAUUCAGUUAACUGUUUUAUUAGGUUUGGGUAAACAUCAGGAGAGCAUUUUGUGAAGGGUAUAAGCCUUUGUAUCAGUGGUAUGAUGUUGCAGAGACUUUAUGUCCUGUUUAAAUGAGUAGUUAUGCUACUGUUUUCUCUGCGAUCGUGUGUCAUACUAACGUUCUAUGCAUGUCUUCCUCUUAUCAGGGUUCCUACACAGGUUAUGAAAUUCUAUGACCUGGAAGAAAAUGAAUGAAAACGUGUUGUUAUUUGUAGAGCUACAUAUUUAGGUAGCGUAAGACUCACUUAAAUUCUAAAUUGUGUGGUAUUGAACCAAACAAGCAUUACAAAAAAAAAGGGUGAUAAAUAAGUGGAAUUAAGAAGUUGAAAAAAAUGUGUAGGAACCCUGCUACAAUCUCUAAAGAUUUGAUGGCUUUCAUACAUUAUGGGGUCAGCAGUGUAAUGAUUAAUAGUCUUUGGGGACAAGUGGCCCUAGGUUUGUUUUGAGUGAACUGAAACUAACUAAGGAGCAUUUAAAUGCACAUAUAAGUGUGCAUAAACUGCUGCUGCUUCUAUAAUGGUACAGUAUAUUACAUUAGGCCUUGUACACUGGACCACAAAAAAAAAAAAAAGGUUCUGGACAAUGAGUACUCUAAAGUCCAUAAUCUAAUUCCUUGGCAGACGAGGGAAAUGCUUGCUAGUGAGGUGAACGCUUCACUGCUGUUCAAUUCAUAUCUAAACAGAUAUUUUUAGAUCAGUGGUGACCCCAGUGUAUUUUGGGUUGCCGUUCACAACACUGACUGUGUCGUGUUUUACAUGUUUGUCUGUCAGCACUGUCAACGGCCAGUAAAAUGGAAAGAAUCAGUAAUGUUGUUUUCAGCUGGCAGGCAGAGAGUGAUAACAUUGUUAGCAAGUUAUUUUCCCCCAGAUGACCCGCAAGUAUCUGUGCAGAUUCGAAUAAUCCUGAGUAUAAACUCAACCUGACACUGCUGGCCCCACUGUCCACUUUGAUCUGAAGAAGCCAUACCAUCUUAUGCUAGAUGUGCCACUGUCAUUUAGAAGAAUAAUACAAUAUAAUAAUAAUAACACAGAGAAAUGAAGUAAUAUGUAUUUCCCUGAUAUGUUCAGCCGGCAAAAGAGGAGUUCACGUGGAGAUGAGAAGCUCACCCCAAGUUACUCAUUCCAUUAACUCCUCUCUUACAGUCCUUCUGUAUCACUCUAUAAAAGAGUGCAAUUGUACUGUGUUUUUAUAUAUACUACUUACAGUACCCUCAAAUAGCUCUUUAAGGACAAAGCUGAGCAAACAAAUCAGCUGCUAAAUUCUCAGUCUCUCACAGCUUGUAUUCUGUGCUCUGCUGGAUUCAGGCAUUGCGUGCUUGUAGUUCACAUAAACCCCAUAAAGGGUCUUAACAACAAGUGAAGGGUUUUGUUGAAAAAUGAGAUGUUGCUUAAAAAAAACAUUACCUCUUCAUACAAAUGGAUGAUGCUGUAGAACAAACAGGUCUGAUGCAAACAGAUGCUUUUUUUUAAAGGGGAGCAGGAUGUAAUGUAACAUAAGUCCUUUGUUGACAAAACGAUAACUCUUGUUUAGGCUGGAUCUUCUGUUUAGCGUUUCAGAGAUGCACUCUCAAAGCCGUCUGUUUUGUGCAACAGUUGCUGUCGUUCUGCAGUUAUGUAAUACUGCAGAGAGUUACCUUGAUUGACAGUGAAAUAGUUGUGAGGCUGAUGUAUGGAAGACUGAAGGUGCCACGACUUUGAAACCUGCUACGCUUAUGAAAGAGCAGAGAAACUAAAACCAUGAUUGGCCAAGAGAUCAACUGAAGUCCUUAAAGAGUUGAGGGUUAUGUAAGAUGUUUGUGAUAUUUAAAUCAAAUUACCACUAACACAUACACGACUACUCCUACUAAGUAUGCCUACACUAUUUUGCAUGUGCUGAGAUGUCAUGUGAAUAUGAUACCACGUAUAUUCUGACAAAAUUGCCUUUCACCAAACUGGUACAACCAAGAGAAAAUAAUCACAUUUAUUUUACGUAUCUGCUAAGAAUUUGAAUUACCUCGAAACGACAAAUAGUAUUUUUGUAAGACAGUGAAUUGAACAUUCUAGAUGCAAGAAAAAACAUCUACUCUCGCACAAGCUACAAAAAAGCAAAAGCAGAUGCAAUUUUUUUGUAGAAAAAAAAAAACUCUAAGAGAAUCUGAUUGGUUGUGAGAUGUCAGGUUUCUCUGAUCCAGCAGUGCCUUGGCUACAGCUAAGAAAAGCAGAGAUUAAAGCUGCAUUCAGAGCUCCAUCUCUCUCCCUGUCACCAGGGGAGGAGGUGUUGUCAGGCGAGGAUCCGUCCUUCAACAGUGUUGGUGAAAGGAAUCCAUGGAGUCGUUCUUUAGAGCAAUGUGUUUUUACUAAGCCAGAGGGCAAAGUAGGCAAGGUCACACAGGGGGAGGCCGCUGGAGGGCUCAGACCGAUUCAGGUAUUCGCAAAAAAAAUGGUGGAAUAUGGGCUGGGUAGCACAGCAAGUACUGAAACCAGUACAGUUGUUAUACUUAAAAUGUAUUUACUUUCACAGUGGUACAUUUCUGUGUAGCUUAUUUUAAAUUAUUACAUGAGUAACGCAUCAAAUUCAGUUGGAAUGGAUAACAAUAUAAUAUAUAAUAUCUGAUAUAAGAAAAGUAUGUUUGUUUAUUUAUUUUGCACCCAGCCCUAGUUGGGAACAGAGCCUUGGAAGUUUUGUACCAGAAGAUGAACAAAAAAAUGAGGAUUUCAUUUUUGACUAAAGUUGGUUGACCCCUACUUAUUGCACACUGGGGGCCCAAAGAGCCCUCCACAAGCCUCUGUGUGACUGCUACGCAGCUGUCUGGCAGACUGAGCACUCUGGUGUCUUCAUCCUGUAUGUGGAGGCUAGCCGUUUUGUAGCUGAAGUUAUAGGACAAAAACAAAGUUUGGUGUUGAUUGGUUUUAUAUAAAGUGGAGAAAUGUGAUGUUCUUAUACUGCAAUGUGAUAAUGCAGUUUGAGAAGUUUUUGUUCUUUUCUAGUUUUGAAGAUGGUCUCCAGUGUUCAAAAGGGAAUGUGUGCACUUCCUGAAGAAGUGGAUAUAUUAUUGUAUUUUUGUGCUUAUUGGAGAAAGGCGGCUUGGAAAUAGAUUUUAAACUGUCCAAAUAUUUCUCAGGCCUCAGGGGACUGUACUAAUUGUUUGGGCCGUUCUGUCCUAUUAAGGUUAAAAGGGAAUCACUGGCUCUUCGGCCGACAGUCCUGGCAGACAGCGAAAGGAAUUGGCUCAGGUGUACUUAUUAUUUCCAUACCUGAGAUUACAUAUUUGCCCUCUCAAAAUUAAGUGUUAUAGAAGAAGAUGGGGGUGAAAUUGUGGUUGGUAUCUUCUCUCUGUGUGUGUGUGUGUGUGUGUGUGUGUGUGUGUGUGUGUGUGUGUGUGUGUGUGUGUAAAAAAAACAAAAAAGGAUGUCAUGAUGGCAGAAUUAGAUCUGGGAGGGGGAAAAAAAACUAAGGGCUCAUUCUCCUCUAUCUACAGGCCGUCCAAAGUAAAAGGGGGGUGAAAAAAACUGAUAUAAAUAACUUAAUGUCUCUAUUGUAAUGAGAAACAAACAAAAACAGCUAACAUUAAAAGUGCCAAACUGACUUCCACAUUUUGUUUUGAGGGUGUUCACGGCAUGUGAGCAAAGCUGAAUUGCGUUUGCACAAAACUACUGUAACUUCUGUUUUUUUCCUGUGACUGAUGCUUUUAUAAUCUAAUUGUUGUUUUUAUUGCACCACAUGUUCCAUUAAAUAUUUAUAUGGUUGAUAAA